AUGGCUGCCGAAAACGAUUUCAACAACCCCACCCCGGCGAGCGAGCCCCCAGCGGUUGAACAUUUAAACAUUAAAGUGACCGACAACAACAACGAAGUGUUCUUCAAGAUCAAGCGCUCCACACAGUUGAAGAAACUAAUGGACGCAUUUUGCGAGAGACAAGGAAAGCAGAUGUCUACUGUCCGUUUCCUCUUCGAUGGCACCCGUGUGCGCCCAGAAGACACGCCGGAUACCCUUGAGAUGGCCGACGGCGACACCCUCGAAGUUCACCAGGAACAGAUUGGUGGUUAA